CGCGGCUUCCUCCGGGAGAGAGCGAUGGCGAUGUUAAUAUCGCCACCGGCCCGGUCCCCGGUUCACGUAGUGUGGGCCGCUGGAUGACCGCAGGGUCCUAGCGCCUGUUUUGUCAGCAAAGAACAUGGAUUCAUCUGAAGUGGAAUUUGGGGCAUCAACAGCAGAUAAUGCUGCUGAGUCUCCAGUGGCAGUGGAAGAAUCAUUCUUCAGUAUGUUGGACAUCUUUCUGUUCUCCCUUAUUGCUGGGUUUACAAUCUACUGGUUUUUCUUCAGAAAGAAAAAAGUGGAAAUCCCAGACUACAGAACAAUCCAGCCACAGGUACCAACAAUACAGGAAACCAGUUUCAUUGAAAAGAUGAAGAAAACAGGAAAAAACAUAGUUGUGUUUUACGGCUCUCAAACAGGAACAGCGGAAGAGUUUGCAAACAGACUGUCAAAGGAUGCUCAGCGGUAUGGGAUGCGAGGAAUGGCUACUGAUCCAGAGGAAUAUGAUAUGUCUGAACUAAAUCGACUUACAGAAAUAGAGAACUCCCUGGCGACUUUUUGCAUGGCUACAUAUGGCGAAGGUGAUCCCACUGACAAUGCACAAGACUUCUAUGACUGGAUGCAAGAGACUGAUAUCAAUCUAUCUGGUGUGAAAUAUGCAGUCUUUGGACUUGGUAAUAAAACUUAUGAACACUUUAAUGCGAUGGGCAAGUAUGUAAACAAGAGAUUGGAACAGCUGGGAGCAGAAAGGAUCUUUGAACUGGGUCUGGGAGAUGACGAUGGCAACUUGGAGGAGGAUUUCAUCAUGUGGCGUGAGCAAUUCUGGCCAGCAGUGUGUGAGCAUUUUGGAGUGGAAGCCACUGGUGACGAUUCCAGCAUCCGUCAAUAUGAACUAGAGGUGCAUAACGACAUUAACAUGAAUAAAGUCUAUACUGGAGAGAUGGGACGUCUGAAAGCUUAUGAAACUCAGAAACCGCCUUAUGAUGCAAAGAAUCCAUUUUUGGCAUCUGUGACCGUGAACCGGAAAUUGAACAAAGGAGGAGAACGGCACCUCAUGCACCUCGAGCUGAACAUCACUGGUUCAAAGAUUAGGUAUGAAAGUGGAGAUCACGUGGCUGUGUUCCCCGUGAAUGAUUCGACAAUCGUUAGUGAGAUUGGCAAAAUAUUAAACGCAGACCUAGAUGUAAUAUUUUCCUUAAAAAAUCUUGAUGAGGAGUCCAAUAAGAAGCACCCAUUCCCCUGUCCAACUACGUACCGAACAGCUUUGUCAUAUUAUCUAGAUAUCACCAAUCCUCCACGCACUAAUGUUCUCUAUGAACUGGCCCAGUAUGCAACGGAUCCCAAAGAGCAAGAAUUUCUUCGAAAAAUGGCUUCAUCCUCUCCUGAAGGAAAGUCGCAAUACCUCAAGUGGGUAGUGGAAGACAGGAGGAACAUUCUGGCCAUCUUACAAGAUUUGCAGUCUCUCCGCCCACCUAUCGAUCAUUUGUGUGAGCUGUUGCCACGGUUACAGGCUCGUUAUUAUUCUAUUGCUUCAUCUUCAAAGGUUCGUCCUGAUUCCAUUCAUAUUUGUGCAGUUGUGGUGGAAUAUAUGUCUAAAGCAGGUCGCAUCAACAGGGGUGUAGCAACAACCUGGCUGCGUGACAAAAUCCCAACUGAUAAUGAUCACAAACCCACUGUCCCAAUGUACGUGCGGAAGUCUCAGUUCAGGCUGCCUUACAAACCCAGCACACCAGUCCUCAUGAUUGGACCUGGCACUGGCAUCGCUCCCUUCGUUGGGUUUAUUCAGGAGCGGGCAUGGCUGAAGCAGCAAGGGAAGGAAGUUGGAGAGACUGUGUUGUACUACGGCUGUCGUUAUCAGAAUGAGGAUUAUUUAUAUCAGGAAGAGCUGGAGCAGUAUCAGAAGGACGGUAUCCUUACUCAGCUUAAUGUAGCAUUCUCCAGAGACCAGGCAGAGAAGGUUUAUGUCCAACAUUUGCUGAAGAAAAAUAAAGAACACGUGUGGAACCUAAUCCAGAAGGAGGGUGCCCAUAUCUACAUCUGUGGUGAUGCAAAGAACAUGGCAAGGGAUGUCCAAAAUAUGUUCUACAGCAUUGUCGCUGAACUGGGAGAAAUGACACAUGAGCAGGCUGUUGAUUAUGUGAAGAAACUGAUGACAAAAGGCCGUUAUUCUUCUGACGUCUGGAGUUAAACUGGAAGUGGGGGUAGUAAGCUUCCAGUGAUGUAUUAUGCACCUAUCUGCUCAUUGAUGGGUGAAUUAAUUAUCAGCAAUUCCCAGCUAAUGACCUCCACUAGUCAAUGCAAGAGAUUUGUAGAGUUAAACAACGAGGCAAUGAUUCUUUUUAUAUGGAAAAAAAAAUCCAAAAAUGUCCUUUAACUGUUUGUGGGAAAUAACUUUGCUUUAUUUUAAAUACUCUACCCCAGAAUUGAUACUAAAAUUUUACUUUAGAAACUUUCCAUUGCUGCCUUUUUAAAUCCCAAUAACCUUUUCCAGAAGAAUCCUUUACGAUAGCAGUUGCCUAAAAGGUCAGUUGUAGCACACCAAAUCGCUGAACUUUUACCCAGCACCUAUUAUUUAUCUUUGUAACUUUUUAAACAUCAACUAUAUUUCAGGAAAAUUUUGGGUUGGAACUUUGAGAACAACACCAUCUUUUAUAUGGAACAAUUUUGUGACCGGAACAAUUUUGUGACCUGAUCAAUUUUUUUUUUGGUGGAACUCGCAAUUGCUGCCUUGACAUCUUUUUGAUUCACAAAGCCUCAAUUUUUGAGAGGAAAGCGGGGUGGGUGAAUGCUGGGUGAGUGGUGUGGGUGAAGGUGUUGGGAAUGCAUUGAACUCUGAGCCUUCUGCAUUCAUUGAGUUCAAAAUGCAUGCAACUUAAUAGUCUGCAAAACUUUUUAACACUUAGUUAAAAAAAAAGUCCUGUACCUGUAAGAUGUUAAAAUACACUGUACUUUGCUCUAGUGAUUUUAUAUCUAACUUACAGACAGGGAUGUAAAAUUGUUGCCUCUGAUGAACCGUUCACUGUUGAGUCUUCUCUGUGACUUGAUAAGAAUUUGGAAUUUUGUCAUCUUGGCUUAACGUUUUAUGAAGCAAGGGUUUGUAAAUUAAACAGUAGCAAAGUCUGAAAUUUAAACUGGAGCCCCUGUAUCUGGGAAUGUACUUAUAGUCACCUUUUGGCACAGAUUGGCUGUUAUGAAUCUCUAAAUAUUAGACUGCACUGUCAGCUUGACAUGUUGCAGAGUGAAUAAAAAGGGGAUUGUGAGGCUGCAUCAUUUUAUUAACAGAAGUUUGCAUUUAGCAUCAUAGCAGUGAAACAGAGACCCCUCUGACUUUGUUUUCACCUCUCCAUCUCCUCACGUUACAGAAAAUAAAAUUGUUGGCAAACCACAGCUACAUCUCAAAUUUUGUGUUUUGGUAAAGUUCUACAUCUUUAAUCGGCCAAAGCUGCUGCCAGAUCAGCAUGUUUUCAAAAUACAUUUUAUUGUUAUAUUGUUGCUCAUACCAGGUACAUAAUGGAACAUUGGUGAGCGUAUCAAGAAAGACAGUGACUGUAAAAGUUUUCAUUGCACUGUGGUCUUUUUAGACAGUUUGUUUUUAACAAUUGCAGCCCAAAGCAAACUGAUGAUGAAAAUGUCCCAUUUUAACAUCACCUUUUCCCCUUGUUAUCAGCAGUGGAGGGACAGAUAGGUGACCUGCCAUUGAACCUCUACAAGUAUCAUUUGUGAACCAAUCAUUGGGAUAUCUGAGACAUUGAUAGAAAUAACUGUUUUUCUCUUUGCUCUCUCAUUGAAAAGUGUCUCACCAUUGCUCAGCCCUUCCACUGAGUCUGAAUUUGCAUUAAUAUAUUACACAUUGUCCUGGUGGCCAAAGUAGUGAGGAGGUGACCUUCAAAAACCCUUGUAGUCUCAUCUUUUAGUUUUAUGCAUAAACCCCUACCCCAAUAAGAUCUCAUUAGGUCCAAAAGGAAAUAAAUCCUCGAGUGACCGAUUUUGGAGCCUUUUAAAGCUACGAAUGAUGUUAAUUUAACCUGAAAGUGUAACUGAUAUUUCAGGCAGCAGAUGAAAUCACUGGGAAAUGAAAGUUCUGAAGAUAUCUAGAGACUGAAAUGGUAAUUGUCAGUCUUUGUUCCUGUAAUUCACAUAGCAAUGACUCAGAAUCACUGUAUAACUGAUCAAAUAGGGAUUUUACAACAAAAUUAUGACGUCUGUCAUCACAGAAGGAAGCACUUUCAAUGUUUUAGGAUCAGUGGAGUUGCAUUUGCAAUUUGCCAAUGUAACCGUGUCCCCUCAGUCAGUGAUAUUUUCCCCUGAAUUUCUUUCUGCUAUGCAUGGCCAGAAUGUUGCAUUACACAGUCCCUUUUAGAGUUGAUGCACAGCGACACCCAUCUUAAAGGGAUUGUUGUUUCCGUGUAGCCUGUCUGCACCCUGCACAGCAUAUUUCUGAUUCUUGUGUGGCUGGUUAACCUAGUUGGGAAUAUUGAUUAGCUUUUAACUUCUAAAUUUCCCCCAUUUUGUUCCAGCUGAGCACCUUAUCAUUCCCUGCUAGCCUGCAUUUAAAAAAGGUAAAUCACUACAUGCAGACUUAAGUCAUUGCUUAGUGACUAAGAGGAUUCAUGCUGCUUUUGUAGGGGGUUUUGUUUUUUCGUUCAUGGGAUGUGGGUGUCGCUGGCCAGACCAGCAUUUAUCUCCCAAACCUAAUUGCUCAGAGGGCAGUUAAGAGUCGGCCAUGUUGCUGUGGGUCUGGAGUCGUAUGUAGGCCAGACCAGGUAAGGAUGGCAGAUUUCCUUCCCUAAAGGAUAUCAGUGAACCAGUUGGAUUUGGAUUAAACAGCAAGUAUUUGUCUUGCAAUAAAAUUUGGCAUUGUCAUGUGAUUUGCAUUAAUGAUCUUUUUAAAAAGCUGUUUAGAUGGCCUUUCUAUGCGCAGAGUAGCAGGAUCUUACUCUGCACUGUACUAGCAAUUCAUUAGAUGUCUGGAAAUACAUUCAGAUUCUGCCUGACCUGCUGAGAGAGGAAUGUUUUGAAUUUAAUAGCUAUUUAGAUAUAAAAUGGUCAAUAGAAGGUUAUCUGUUUGUAAAAAGAAAUGGCAAGGGGAAGUGCAAUUUUUUAACCUGUGGCUUUUGCCUAUUUACAAGCAACACCUACUAAACGUUAAAGUUUUAUUUUGAAAGGAGAAAAGGAUCAACUUUUUCAAAAACACAAGUAGUAGUGGAUGUAGUCACUCUCUGACCAGUUUCAAUGUGGGCGUGGCAACUGAACAGGCCCAGAAAUAAAAAUGGCAGCCAAGUUCUGAGGAGAUGGUAGUUUCAUGGACCAUAUUCAGUUUAAGCAAAUUGAAUUUGCAAAGAGAGCAGAUUUCAUCGUUGUUUAAAGUAGCUGGGUGUAGCUGGCAUGACAUUGUAAGAGCAGAAGUCUGUCUUUUUACAUAACAGACCAGUCCAGGUGAAGUUAUCCUGCCUGCACUUUGAAGGGACUGUGCGUCUUAGUGACUAGUAAGAGUUGAAAGGAAUGUAGAAAGAUGCAUUAGGGACUGGAAAUCAGCAGCAGACCCAGGAUAAUUAGUGACAAGAUUUUAUCCUAUUUAAAAGCUCUUUAAAGUCAAAUUAGUAUCCUUUUUACAAAAGGACCAAAAGCCAAGUUAUUGAAACUUUUAAGCAUAUGGAUGUAUCAGGAGAAGUAAAUCCACUUGAUCUGGGCAAGUUAGCAGGGAAAUAUCUCCAGACAGUUGGAGAGAAAGUUGGGAAAUUGCCUCCUGCCAGUGAAAAGGUUUGUCCAAGUACAGGAUGGGGCAAGCCUGUCAUACUUUAAAAAUGAUCAACAGGAAGUCUUUCAUCUCGACUGUAAAACAAACUGUGGGAUAUAGCAGGAAUGCAAUGCAUUCAGAAGCCCUGUGACCUUAAUUGCAUAGCCUCUUCAUUACUCACUGAGGUGCAGGUUGUAGAUAACCUACUCAUCUUAAGUUGAAUAUAGAUACAUUCAUAUAUUUGUUAAACUUUUGUAUUUGAGUUGGUUAGAUUUAUUCCUCUGCCUUAAUUGAAAAAUGUGAAUUGUAACAACCCAGUGAAUAUUCAUUACUAGAGUAUCAGAGUUUACAACAUCUGUUUAAAUUAGACCAGUCCCAAACUAAACCAAAACCAGGAGGGCCUGCCAGUCCAUACACUCGAUGGAUUGUCAAACUUGGGCUAUAUGCACCCUGCAGUUCAACCCUGGUGCUUCUGUGUGUGCUUCUGUGUUAGUUUUAGUUUUGUACAUCCAAUGAUUAGGAAAGGACUGCUUUUCAAACCAUUGCUAUUGAAUCAGCACCCAAGAUAUUGAUAAAUAAACGAGAGCUGAGAUAUAAACUUUAUGUAACAGCCAUGAGGGUAGUGAAAAGCUGAAGGAAGGGCAUCCCCGACCUUUCACCAUCUAGAUUAAAGGAGAGUUGGUACAACAGCUGCCAGCCUGACUAGCUGUACUUGGUAUUGCAACAAAAACAAAUCACACUGAAAAAUAAUGAGAGUUUACUGAGGCUGUAAGUUCUUUACCUCCUUUAAAUUGGAUGCACAUCACUUCAUACACUGCCUUGCUAUUAAGCAAAUGCCAGGUAUGCUGCUGUCGCUGACUGAUUCACUCUGUAUUCCCCAUGAAAAGGCCAUGGCUAGUUGCUCAGUUGAUGUAUUUUCUGCAAUGCAGUGCAAUAUAUACCGUAUAUUUAAAGGUACCAAUUGGAUUGACAGGGUGAGUGUGCCUGAUGCAUGUGAUGUAACUGUUCCUUCUGCUAAUUGAAAGUCAUAUUACUAACUGAAAGGUCUGGGGAAUCUGCACAAGGCCAGGCUGCUUCCUAAUUUCUACUUUCUUAAAAGCGUUCAGUUGUGAAUGCUAUAUGGCUGUUAAGUGUGCUGCCAUUUGGAAGAUGUAUAUAUGUCAAAUGCACUGUUGUCUCAGUAGUUCUAUAGGUAAUGUGAAAUUCUCAAUUACAUUAAUUUUUCUAUAGGAAGGUUCUAAUUCAUGUAAUAAUCACCAGGAGUUUUUAAUGAAGGUAAAUUGCAAUGUGAUACAAAGCAAGGGAACAUUUGGCUUGAGAUUAUACAGGUGAGCCCAUCUCAAAUUUUCUGAUCUGUUGCAGGGAAUACUUCGUGCUCUCUCUCUGUUUCCCUGAUUUCAGUUUUCACUUGUCUUGUUCUGAAUAGCCUAACAGUAUCUUGUUCAAUGUCUGUACAUCUAUCAUGUAAUUUGUCUCUGAAAACAUUAAAAGAAUUACAGAAAUCCAGA